AUGCCAACUCCUGCUCAAGCGACGCUUGUGUCAAAUCUGUACGAAGACCGCGGUCCGCUAGUUCGCAUCCACUUUAUCCUGAUGAUGGCUGCUCCGGUAGUGGCCACGGCCUUGCGAUUCUGGUCGCGCGCUCUCAUGCCUGAUGCCGGACCGGGGAGAAGAAAGAUCGGACGAUUCUGGUGGGACGACUGGACAGUGCUCCUGGCUACACUCUUCAACAUCGCUGUCUGCACCCUCGCCAUCCAGAUGGUUGGUGUCGGACUAGGCCGUCACGCUGUUUUGUUGCCGCAAGAAAAUCUCGCGUUAUUCCACAUAUUUCUUUGGGCCGCCUAUAUCGUUUUCAUAAUAGGUGCAACAAUAGCGAAGGCUUCAGCCUUGCUAUUCUACGCCAGGGUAUUCACCCAGACACACUCGCGCCUCCGCUAUUGCCUCUGGACACUCCACGCACUCAACGUGGCUUGGCUCUUGGGCACCCUCUUCGCGGUGGUAUUUAUGUGCCUCCCGGUUUCUAAAGUGUGGCAUCGCGAUAUACCAGGUCAUUGUCGAAGUCCGAGCGCCAUCUGGCUGGGUAGCGGAAUAUCCGGCGUGUUUAUCGAUGUGCUUAUCCUGGUGCUGCCCAUACCCAUUGUCUGGGGACUGCAGAUGAAGCCUUGUCGCAAGUUUCUUGCUGUGCUAGUCAUCAUUCUUGGGCAUCUGGUGGUGGUUGUUUCAAUCGGUCGUUUGGCGUCAGUUGCCGAAACGGCGGAGAACCUCGCAUUGGACCCUACCUACAAAUCCGUCACACCGAUCUUCUGGCAUGGCUCCGAGAUCCCGAUCGCCGUCAUCAACGUCAGCCUUCCCAGCAUAUUCCUCCUAGUCCGUCGAGCAUUCGCCCACGGAGUACCGUCGGUAUUUACUGUCAAGCAUUUCCCUUCUUCGGCGCGGGUGAAUGACAGCCAACUCGAACGCGCCGAUCUGCGGCCAUCCGGAUCAGGAAGUUCAAUACAGCUUAUGACCGCCCGACCGAUCUAUACACAUAAACUGACAAAGUCCUUGACCUCGCACAGCGGAUUCACCGAGUCGAUCACAGCUUUACCACAGAUUCCAGAAGAGUCGGUGGGGCAGCAGACUCCGGCACUUACGCCAGAGCAUGGUUCAACUACCUCAAUAUCGUCCACCUUGCCCCAUAUUCCCGAAGAGCCACCCCAGCUUACGCUUGGAUAUCCAUCUACUAGUUCUAUCUCAUCAGCGCCGCCGCAACUCGAAGAGACACAAGGACGGCGGACGCCUCAGCUUACCCUGGAGGUUGGCUCGCCGAGUCCGAUUCCAUGGGGCCGGGCCACUGAAGCUAGACUUUCGGAGCUGAGUAAUGUAUAA